AUGAGGGGUGUUGUUAGCUCAGGUUGUAGUUCGUGUCAAAAGACUGGGGCAGUACUAGCUCAUGUUGUAGUGCCUGUUCUUUUUAAUGGUAAUCCGUUGGAUUUGUUAUACUCUGCAGUAACGUUCUUACAUGACGAGGAUGCGUUUAGUGGGGAUAUAUCCACUGAGGAAAUGUCCGAUGAGCUGAAGGCCAUUAAAUCGAUAUCGAGACAGAUAAGAGGUAUAACUUACGACUUCUCGGCUGUUCUGGGAUACGGCAGUUCAGCAGAAUCGUCGGAGUGUGAAGUGGUCACUCCAUGGAGUGCCGACUUCAUCCAGUUCCUAAUUAAGAGUCCGGACCUACAAGCCUGCAUGGUCGCAACCGUGAUUGAUUUGGCGGAUCGUCUAGCACUGUUAGAAGACGUUCCCAUUGAGUACGGUACCACGCCAUUCAUUAAAUCCGUGUUGAAUGAAAGACGUAAAUGCCGGAAAGCGCUUAACACAACCGCAGCACGCGAGAUAAGCUCCUCUACUCGCUGGACCCAUGCACCCGCUGACCUUGAGGAUCUGGCUAAAAGCUAUAAAUGCCUGCACCACAUUACACAGGACAAUAUCACCGUCAUGUUCCCUGCUAUGCACCUCACCUGCGAGCCCUCCGGCGAACUAGCUAAAACUGCUAGCACACUCUUUUCCGAGUACGGCUAUGC